UCGCUUCAUUUAUAUUCGCAAUCGUUGUCGCCGAUUUUUAUAGCCAUUGCAGCCGUUGUUUGUAAUGCUUCUCAUUCAGGCUGUUGCUGCUGCUGCUGCUGUUGCUAUUCGCUUACGAUCAUAUUUUUGCGUUCGUUCUACGGCGUUGAACAGCUCGAAUAGGUGCAAAUGGUGAAUGUUGAAUGUGAAUUGGUCGGUCGUUGAUUUCACAUUCUCAUAAGAAUUUGACGGAAUACUUUGUUUGGCUCCUUUUCAGCCAUUUAUACACACACACACACACACACACACUAUUUUUUUUCCUUCAAUUUUCUAUUGGUUGCUCAGGGAAAGAAAAGAAAUAGCGCUGCCAUAAUCCGGUCUGUGUUUUUUUUUCGCACUAUAAACGAGAGGAGCGCACAGAAAAAAAGGUGUUAUCAUCAGCGUACGACGGACGUACGGCAUAAACUGUACGUUUACCACCUGCAUUGAGUUUUUUUUGCAUCUUUUGCAAAACAAGUCCAUAAAUUAAAUAACUUCGGCUGAAUGUGUGUUUGUGCGCGAGGCUCGCAAUGCAAGCGCACACACCCACCGAAAUUCAUGAAAUUAAUUUUUGUUAACGAAUUGCAUACGUGCGCUUCAAGCUAAGCAACUAAAUGGAAAAAGAAGAAGCUCGAAAUGAACAGAAAAUAAAAAAAAUAAUAAAAUACUCGACGAUUUUGUCUGGUUUGGUCAACAUAUUUUGCAGUGUGUGUGUGCGCGCUUAUGUAUAAGCCGAACUGUAAAAACUGGUUACUCAAAAUGUGUUUGUGCGCCUUUUUUGUGGAUAUUUCUUUAUCUGUUUCAUUUAGCUUGUGUGUUAAAGUCGUUGAAGAAGUGAAAUUACCGCCAGAAGAACACACCACAAUAUUUUCGAACGUCGAUUGAACGAAUCGCCCGUCAGCAACGAUAAAAUAACUAAAAUGAAUUAAGCGUCAGCGCUUUUGUGUUUAUCUCAUCGAACCCCUCGAUCCAGUCUAUAUCAUCACUCAAUCGAAAUGUCAUCGUUGCAAUCAAAUGCAAAUCUCAACCGAUUUGUGUGAUUGCUGACAAGCCGACAAAAUAUCAAAUAUUUAUUUGUUUCGAUUUGCUUCGUUGACUUAUUAACUGGUUUCUAAUUAACUAUGCAAUCUCUUGACCAAAAUGAUAGACAGUUUACACAAUUGAUGUAUAUAUACACAGCGGUGAUUGAAACAUAACGACACGAAAAUAUGUGAAAUCGUUAAAAUGAUUUUGAAUUGAAAAUUUGAGUAAAUAAAAAAAGUUCGUCGUUGUGACUAGAAGAAGAAAGAGAAAAGGACAGAACAAUUUCAAGUGACAUUUUUUUUUCGGUUGUUUUGAAUUCAAUGCGAACACAUACGACUCAGAAAUUCAAAAAUGAUUAGCAGUAUCAGUCCGAGCAGCGGUGUUGAUAGCUAUUCUCGGUACGUGCAGUUCAAUAAUAACGGGUACUUAAUUGACGAGACCCUAAAUUCGGUGCAAAGUGAUCGCUUGCAACGCGUUACAAAGCAAAUCACUGAACUCGGAAACAAAAUGGGCGCAAGUGAUGUUGAUGUCAACUAUUCGAUUGGCACUGAAUCGAUCGCUACGCGAAAUAAUUGGUGUUCAGAUGCAUCACAGAAAAUGACAAAUGGUGUGCGAUUGAGCACAAGUGCCGACGAUUCGGAUUCGAGUGAAUCAUUUAAAACGGGCACCGAUCAAUUGCAAGCAACCGCAUGCGGAAAAAGUGACGAGGAAAAACCGAUGCCCGAUCAUCAUGCACGUCGGCCGAUGAAUGCAUUCUUGAUUUUUUGCAAACGACACCGUGGCAUCGUGCGUGAGCGCUAUCCAAAUUUGGAGAAUCGCGCAAUCACCAAAAUUCUGGGCGAUUGGUGGGCCAAUUUGAACGUGACCGAGAAGAGCAGCUACACCAAUUUGGCAAAAGAAUACAAAGACGCAUUUUUCAAUGCAAAUCCGGAUUUCAAAUGGUAUAAAUUGCCAGCGCCGCCACUCCGUACCGGCUAUCAACGAAUGGCCAGCGAUCGUCACAGCAGCUUCUCCGAACCGUACAAUUUUUCCGAUUUUGAUCUGCAACCACCAAAGAUCAAAUGCAAGCGUUACGAAGGUUCCGGUGUUGGCACAUUUUUUAAGCUCGCAGACGAAGCACAAAUGGGUAGCUUGAGCAGUUUAAUGGUAUCCAGCGAAAUAAACGGAAAGUGCGCAAACAACAACAACAAAUUCAUGGCAAACAACAUGGAAGUUGAUGAGGAGAAAGACGAUGAAAAGGAUGGUGACAUUUCCGAUUCAAAGGACGAGCUGCAUCGCGUGUUGGGCGAAACCAACUCAUUUCUCCAGAACACAAUGAAAGGGUACGAACAUCUGGAUGAGUAUCCAUUCGAAAACAAUGCAACAAACAAUGACAUUCCACAAAAAUUGUUGCACAGCCAAAUGAGCAGCAGCAGCCCUGAAAUGAAGCAUUUUGAACUGGAUUCACCAGAUGACGAUCACAAUCCGUACGACUCGGUGUUUGGAUCAAAGAAAUCGUCACGUGCAUGCAAGGGCAAGCGUUACAUGGAAUUCAUGAACGCUCAAAAGUUGAAUCCGAUCGGUAAGCGAACCAAGCCACGUACAACAUCAACGUCAUCAUCGACAUCAUUGUCACCGACGCAGCCGUUGCAUGUGCGCUCGCUCAAAAAAUCGCUGAGCUGUUCUCAAGCCGUCCAGAAACUCGAUUACGAUACAUUCGAUCAUUUGUAUGCGAAUAACAGCGCAACCAUUUUGUCAUCGACUACAGCCAUAAAGAAUGAGACUGAGGCCGUUGAUAAAUCGGCUGCAAACAAGAAUGAAAUGUUGGUGUCGCCGAGCGAUAGCCGCAAAUUUGAUGUGACCGAAUUUGAGCUAGAGCAAAAGAUCAACGCACUAACCGCGCAUAAUCUCGAUGAAUAUUUGGUUCGCAAACAGGACACCAAAAAGAAGAAGAAACCAAGCGACAAGCGCUCAGGCGGUGGAUAUCGAAAAGUGCAUAAAGUUGGUAAGGCCAAAGUCAAAUCAUUGCCGGCUGUGCAUGCCAUUGUCGCACCAAAAACAUUUGAAGAGGCACGGCUUGCAAUGGUUGGCAGCCAAAAACGAAAAGCGCGCAAGGAGAGCAUCACACGGCGCGAUGUUCAACAAGUCACCGCAAUUGUACAAAGCUAUUCGCCAACGCUGGAUCCUCAUUUUGUGCCGAUGUUGACGACACCAUUCGGUAGCAAUGCAUCAUCGAGCAAUACAAUUCGAUGCGGAAAUUCGGGUCUCCUAAUGCUGGCCACAAUGGCCGAAGUGGCUGCUGCCAAUUACGCCGUUUAGCUUGCGUGCAGUGUGCUGGCCGCAAUCGAAAUGCUCAAAAAACCGAAAUUCAUGUGAAAAGAAAAACAAAGAAACCUCAUCAUCAAGCCUCGACUCCAUCAUGUGUCAAAAAAAUGUUGUUGCAAACAACAAAUCGAUAGAGUAAACGUUAUUAUAGAAAAUAUAGAGUAGUUGUUAAGCAUUCAUGUCGUGUUGUAGGCUCACACCAAUAUUCGAAUGUGUCGAAAGUACAAAGAAAACUUUGUCUCGUCGACAACCUCUGUUUAUGACUAUUUUCGGAAAAAAUGUCUUCUCUUUUCUACUUUCACAAAAGAAUGUGCCUACAAAAUUAAGUAAAAAAUCAUAUAGAAAAUGUAUCCACAAAACCAAAUCAAUAGGUCUGCAAUGUGCGCAAAUAAGUUACAAUUCUGACGAACAAUGAAAGCAAUGAACAGUUGUUAACAAAUACCUCUAAUUCAUCAAGCCUUCUAUCCUAUGUCAUUGCAGAGCAAUAGCAAUAUUUUAUAAAUCUCUGCAUUCAUUUCCCAUUUCGAUGCAUAUAUAUGCUAUUCUCUCCCAAAUAAAUAUUACUUCAUUCAAAUCAGUUAGUCUUGUGCUUGUUCCGAACUAAAAGCAACGCGCAAGUCUCAGCAUCGCUUCACCAUUGUCUUGUUUGUUUUUUUCUUUGUUUUUGAAUUUAUAUUUAUUUAUUGAUUUCAUCCAAAUGAAACACGGUUUUUUCUUUCUUCUUCUUCUUUAGUUUAUUGUUUGUUACAUGAAAACAUUACAUUGAGUAUAAUUACAUAGCUAGAAUUUAAGUUGAUUUACCCAAUUCUAUAACAUAAUCACAACGAGAGUGCCUUAUCGAAUGAAAUAAAAAGACACGUCACAUAUAUUUGUAGAGAGUUAAGUGAUCAAAAUACAUUUAUAACUUUUAAAAUUGUUACAACAAUACCAAUCACUUUCCAGUUUUGAAUCGAUGAAAAUAUAAUUUUUUUUUCAAAUGCAUUUACCAGACA